AUGACAUUGGGGUUCACGGCUCAGAAGACGAAACUUCUGCAACGACUCACAGCACCUAAUGCCUCAAAUACGAACCACUCGUCGAAAGAAGGUGUAGAUGUCGGUAUCCGAAGCCUGGUCGAUGAAAUCAACAAAAUAGACACGCUUGCGACGACAAGCAGUUGCGCUGGUCGAGUGGUCGUGUAUCUGGAAGGCAGCAAUUCGUCUUCGUCGCCCUCACAUCGCGACGACGAUAUGGGGAUAUCUGGUCUCGCUAUCACUACUGAGGGAGUUUGUGAUCAGUCACUGUUCGUUUCGCAUGAUCCGUUGCCACUGUCAGGAAAGAGACCGGUGGCUCCGAUGUUAGGGCUAUCUGAUCAUACCAACCUGGGUGUUCCUUCAUCUAUCGAGGAUGUGAGGUGGGUGCGGUGCAAGUUUGAACCCAUGAUGCUGCAAGUCUUAUGCUCAUCACUAGAGAGCGCGCACAAAGUAAACACAGCAGCAUAUCAAUCCGGAUUCACGGAAAGCGGUAUCUCAAGCAUAUCAACCGACAACCUUCGAACUUCCACCGCCAUGGUAGCAAUUCGAACCACAAGUCUCGCUUUCGACAGCGUAAUCGGAUACGAGGGUACUGACGGCAAAUUAAUACCCAUGGUCACGGAAGCAUACAUGCGGGUGCUCGUCGAGCUCUGCAACGAGAGGUUUCGGAAGAACAAAGAAAGAACAGAAGCAUUUCGAGAAACAUUGUUUGAGAGUUUCAAGCCUCAGCAAUCGCAGUUCUCUGGUCCUAGCGCUUGGGAACCGAUUGAGCAGCGGAGAGCGAGAAUGAGGGAGGAUGGCAUUCGACGUCAGGCAGAGACGGACGCUCAAAGGACUAUGGAUUAA